CAGGUGCGGGAUCAAACUCUGGACUGGAUCACCAGGAAACUGAGGAUAACAUAGCCACUCCAAACUCCAGCGCAAAAGCAAGCCAAGAUUGCGUAACUGCGAAAAGUGAAAGCAAAGGCAAAAACAUGUUUUAUGCGGUCAUCUGGAUUUUUUGCGCCACUCUUUUGGCCAUCUUGUUUGGAGGAGUGCGAAAACCGAGGCGUUUUCCGCCAGGACCUCGUUGGUAUCCGAUAGUAGGAAGUGCCCUCCAGGUUUCCCAGCUACGAUGUCGUCUGGGGAUGUUUUGCAAAGUGAUCGAUGUAUUCGCCAAGCAAUACGUGAACCCCUAUGGCUUCUUCGGCCUAAAGAUUGGCAAAGAUAAGGUGGUAAUAGCUUAUACGAACGACGCGAUAAGCGAAAUGAUGACAAAUGAGGACAUUGAUGGCCGACCAGAUGGCAUAUUUUAUCGCCUGAGGACCUUCAAUUCCCGGUUGGGAGUGCUUUUGACCGAUGGCGAAAUGUGGGUGGAGCAGCGUAGGUUUAUCCUGAGACACUUGAAGAAUUUCGGAUUUGCCCGAAGUGGCAUGAUGGAUAUUGUCCACAAUGAGGCCACCUGUUUGCUGCAGGACCUAAAGGAUCAAGUGGCGAAGUCUGGAGGCAAGCAGGCGCGAAUUGAAAUGCACGAUCUGACGAGUGUUUAUGUCUUAAAUACCCUCUGGUGCAUGCUGAGUGGUAGGAGAUAUGAGCCCGGCUCUCCGGAGAUCACGGAGCUACUGGAGACCUUUUUUGAGCUCUUCAAGAACAUCGACAUGGUGGGUGCUCUCUUCAGUCACUUUCCGCUUCUUCGAUUCAUAGCUCCGGACUACUCUGGAUACAAUGGAUUUGUGGAAAGUCAUCGUUCCUUGUAUUCCUUCAUGAGCAAGGAGAUCGAGCUGCAUCGCUUGACCUACAAGAACUACGAUGAGCCCAGAGAUCUGAUGGACUCGUAUCUCCGUGCCCAGGAGGAGGGAAAUGAUGAUAAGGGAAUGUUCAGUGAUGAAAGCCUGCUGGCCAUUUGCUUGGAUAUGUUUUUGGCUGGAUCGGAGACGACCAACAAGAGUCUGGGUUUCUGUUUCAUGCACUUGGUGCUGCAGCCGGAAAUCCAGGAGCGGGCCUUCCAGGAAAUUAAGGAUGUGGUGGGCCUGGAGCGCAUACCCGAGUGGUCUAGGGAUCGCUCCAAGCUGCCAUAUUGCGAGGCCAUCACAUUGGAAGCGGUCAGGAUGUUUAUGGUGCACACUUUUGGCAUACCGCAUCGAGCAGUCUGCGAUACCCGAUUGUCGGGCUAUGAAAUUCCAAAGGACACAAUGGUAGUGGCUUGUUUCAGGGGAAUGCUGAUGAACCCAGUGGACUUUCCCGAUCCGGAGGCAUUUGAUCCCGAGAGAUUUCUCUUCGAAGGUCAUUUAAAGCUACCCGAAGCCUUCAAUCCCUUUGGAUUCGGUCGUCAUCGCUGCAUGGGCGAUUUGUUGGGGAGGCAGAAUCUGUUUAUGUUCACAACCACAGUGCUGCAGAACUUUAAAAUGGUGGCCAUUCCUGGCCAGGUGCCGGAGGAGAUUCCGCUCGAAGGAGCCACCGCUGCCGUAAAGCCAUACGACAUCAUGUUGGUAACUAGGGAGCAAUAAUAGGGUUACAAUAUUUUUCCUUGUACGUUUCAAUUUGAUUUAUACUUACCUCGUCAUGGAUUAAGGUGUACGAAGACAAGAAUAUAUAUAUGCUUUCCGUUUGGAUUAAAAUAAAAUAUAU